GUUGCAAUUAAACCAUUGUAGAUAUAUGGCGUCGAGUUCGAUGAGUGCGUCGUGGACCGCGAAGGAGAACAAGAUGUUCGAGAAGGCGUUGGCAGUGUUCGACCGCGACACGCCGGACCGGUGGCACAAGAUCGCUCACGCCAUGGGUGGCAAGACGGCGGAGGAAGUGAAGCGCCAUUAUGAUCUGCUUGUUGAGGACGUCCGUCGCAUCGAAGCCGGCCAAAUGCCUUAUGCCAAUUACAGGUCCUCCAACCGCAGAGGUUGAAGUACUACCUCAGGAGAGAGGAAGUGCAAAAGCAUCAAGCAAUUUAUUUCCCAUAUGUUAACUCCUCUUUUUCUGGAUAUCAGAAAGAAGAAUCUUAAAGGGCUGUCUUUGUCGAUAAUCGAUAUCAAUUAUGUGUUGUAGUUUUAGAAUGGUGCAUAUGUAUUACAAGAUCAGAUGUGUGUGAUCUUGGAAUAAUUAGUAUAUUUCAUGAAGUUUAGGACUUGUCAACUUGUGAGUGGUAUGUAACUUAGCUUGUAAGUGGGGCUUGUCAGUGGAAACUCACUGUUGUUGAAAUAACAAGUCUGGUCAGUUCUCCUCAAUCUAAAACAU